UAGAUGUUUCCUCUGCAGCUGAACAGGCCGGCAGGCAGCCUGUGAUGGGGCCCUGCUCAGAAAACCCUCACCUCUGCUGGGCCUCCUGGCUCCUGGGAUUCACCUGCCUCCUCCUCAGUGUCUGCAGCACUGGGGUCAAGAGUUCUGGCAUACAUGGUUCUGGAGUUCAGCAUUCUGGAGCACACGUUCCUCUGAAGGAGAUCCGAGGAGGUUCUGUGUUGUUUCAUGUGAUCAAGGAGCCAGAAGCCAAGCUGGAGGAAAUCUCAUGGGGCUUUGGCCCUGACUUAAAAUACAGAGUCAUGCUGCGAGUCCAUAAUGGGUCAGAAAGGACCCAAACCUGGGUCAGCCUCCAGGACAAGUAUAAGCAGAGGGUCCAUGUGCCCAACGUGACGUCCCUGAGGAUUGAGAACUUGACUCAAGAGGACAGUGGGCCCUACCAGGCUCGAGCCAUCUUCACUGGAGGAGUGGAAUCUAACCAGAUUUUCUACCUCACUGUCUAUGAGCCUGUGCCCCGUCCCCAGAUCCUGGUCCAGUCACAGUCCAUCACAGCAGGCUGGUGCAACGUCACCCUGGAGUGCAGGGCUGUGCAGGUCACAGAGGACCUGAAUGUGACCUGGGAGAGUAAGGGCCUCCCUAGGGAGCUGGAACAGAGAGGGCCACCGGGACCAGCCCCCAACUCCUGGACCCUGAAUGUGAGCCUGCCUCUGAGCCAGCCCAAUGCCAGCCUCACCUGUGUGGUCAGCAACUCCGAGGACAAGAAAACUGUCACCUUAGCCCUUGCUGAGGUCUGUGCCCAUGAUUUGGCAGGCACCCUGAAAGUCAGCCUAGGGCCCACCAUGGUCAUGCUGUUGAUCCUCGGGGCUGGACUGUGCCUUUGGAAGACACGUGAGAAGAAGAAGAUGGAGACUGGAACAGGUGCAGAAUUGCAGGAGGAACACAAAAACCAUGAUGGUGACAUACACUACGCAGAACUGAGGCACAAGGAGUUUCGAGGGGGCAGGGACAAGGGUAUGGGUGAACGACAUCUAGAAGAAAAGGAGCCUCUCACUACUCUCCGCAGUGAGGUCCAGAAGCCAGGCCUGGCCAUGAAGAUGAUUUAAUUGCAGAAAGCAGGAGAAUCAGCAUUCCUGGACACCUCCAUGCUGAGCUUGAUCCCGGCAGACACCCACCUCUUCCAGCUCUGGUCCAGCUUCAGCUUCCCCUGGUCUGCGUUACUUUGACCCUGGAGUCCUCAACUCUCUGGGCACACGUGGCCCUGUCACUUCCUCUGACACCUCCUCAAGCUGCCCUCCCACUCAUGACCCUCACCCUUGCAGGUCUAGUGCUCUUCCUCUGUCAUUGACUUGGCUCUUGACCCCUCUCCUGAAACUUCCCAAAGGGCACCAUCCUGACUGUGUAUGUGUUAAUCCCCACAGCCUCUGCUGUGUGUCUCUCUGAGAACACGGGCCUAGGCGUGGGGAUUAUGUAGAGUUGUUGACCAUGCCACAGAGGAGGGAGUGAGGUCCUUGGUGCUGGAUGCUGAGUUGGGGAUUAAUGGAGGCAGCGCAGAUGGGUAGGAGCCAACAAAGGGACUACCUGAGGCUUCUUGUGAACCUUGUGUAGGGCUCCCUUGGGGGUCUUGGGCAGUGUAUGUGUUGUGUGUGUGUGUGUGUGUGUGUGUGUGUGUAUUGGGGAGAGUGUCAACAAUGUAUAUUAUAUACUGCCCAGAGCCCUUGCUGUUGGCCACCUGUGCUAACCUGUAUCUCAGCCUCAGCGUCAGUCCCUGGGUCCCAAAUCUACCUUCCUGUGGAGUGGGAAGAGGAAUUUGUACUAUUUCAGACCCUUUCAAGUAUUUUGUUUCUCAGAGAAGGCCCCAGAGGCCCAAAGCUGGGAGUUGUAUUCUUAGGAAAAUAGCUUCAGCUCUUCCCCUGUCUUGGAUAGGGGCACUUCGUGGUUAGAAUGGAUGUGCAGUGUCCUCCUACCUGCCUUGGUGGGGCUGCUGUGGAGUGUGAGGCGUGAAGCCUCACCUGCUGUUUUUGCACCAUCCUCCUUCUUGUGGCACUGUAUCAGGCUAUGCUCCACUGUUAUUCAUAGGGUUUUCAUGUCCAUUUUAUUCAGAAGUGAGUGGCCAGGUCCUUCUUCCUAGUCUGUCGUGGUUUGGAAGACCCACUGAAACUUGCCCACCAUGGGUGACCCUGCUAGUAUUUGAAAUACUGGUGGCAUAGCUUUCAACAUGACAGCAAACAUGCAGCUGCCACAGUAUGACAACUGACAGAUGAGUGGUGUGGUUUUCUAUCACUAAAACAAACCUGGGCUGCAGUGGGGAGAGUGCUGAACCUUAACCAGUAGACCACCAGAGCUGGCACUUUUGUCCUAGGCAUUUUUCAUAUAUUAUUUCUUUUAAGAACUCUCUAGAGGAGGUAUUAUUCUCCUCAUUUUGCAGGACAAGUAACCAAUGUCCCAGACUGGUUGGUAGUAGAGCAAAGCCUUAAAUCCAACACUGGAUGAACCAGCAUUCACAUCUUACUCUUUACCACAUGGUCAUUGAAGAACUUGGAAUCCUGGAAUAUUCUGAUGGAAAUAUCCUCCAUUUGUUCCUCUCCCAAGGAUCCUGGUCUUCUGACUCAGGUGCCCCAACUUGAAAUGAACUCAACCUGAUGAUGGAUGGAGAAGUUGAUGGCUGAAAGAAAAAUUGUCCCUUAAAUAUCCAUGGGGACUUGGUGGGUGGGAGACAUGGAAGGAGCGACCUUGCACUCUGGCGCACAUAAAAGGAAGAGAUGCUUCUCCCUCUUGAGUCUUAUGGGAAUUCUUUCCUCUCAUACAAGGUGUGUUGUGGAUUUCAGCAUCCCCAUCCUAAAACCGGCUCCCUUUGGCAUUAUUAUUCCUAACUUCAUUCAAUAGGUUUUACAUAAGUUUCUCACUUAACCUUCAACAGUUCUACGAGGCAGAAAUCCCCAUUGUAUAGAUGGAAAAAUAAAAGCCAGAGAUGUUAUGUUCCUCACACAAGAUCUUCUGAGUUUAAGUGAUGCAGGCAUGAUUUGGGUCCACAGGAGAUCAUAAUUUCACUCAUUUUACUACAUUCUCCCUCAUUCCGGACUCCUAGCCAGUUACUCUCUUCCACUGGGUUAUCCCUCAUAACGCUUCUUGUAUUCCAUCCUCCUCUAAUUUUUUCAUCCUAUCUUCCAACUGCAGCUGCACCAUUUUACAUUUUUGCCAGCAAUAUAUGAGGAUUUAUCCACAUCCUCUCCAACUUUUAUUAUUUUUUGAUUGUAGCUAUCCCAAGGCAGGUAGGUGAAGUUGUGUCACAUUGUAGCUAUGAAUUGUAUUUCUUUAAUGAUUAAUUGAUGUUGAAUAUCUUUUCAUGUGCAUAUUGACCAAUUGUAUACUUUAUUUGAAGAAAUCUCUUUCUCUCAAAUUCUCUCUUUUCAUGCAUCACUCUCACCACUCAAUUGAAUCUGCUCUUGUCCAGGUGAUCAGGAAACUCCGUGUUGUUGAAUCCCAUAGUCAGUUCUCAGUCCUCGUCUCCUAUGAACUCUCAGCAGCAAUGGACCUAUGCUUCCCUGACACACUGUCUUCACCUUGCAUUCCCCACACACCAUUAUUUUCCUCCUACUCAGUGGUUGCUCUUUAGUUUCCUGUAUCAGUUUCUUUCCCAUGUCUCCAACCUCUAAGUUUUAGAAUAUGCCAGGGUUCAUACCCAGACCACCCAAGCCACCUCUCUUCACUAUCUACACUCAUUCUCUUCUGAUGUUAUGGCUAUGCACUAAUCCCUGGAACCUGUGACUAUAUGACCUUACGUGGCAAAAGGGACAUACAGAUGUGAUCCCUCCCCUGGACUCCACAUUGCAAAUUGCCAAGUGUUUACUUGACAUCUCCACUUGCAUAUAUAACAGGCAUCUCCAGCUUGACAUGUCUAAAUUCAAACUCCCCAAACAUGCUGCCUAUAGAGUUUCCCAGCCCCCAAAAUGUCACCUCAAUCCUUCCAUUUGUUCUGGCCACAGAACCUUGGUGUCAUCCUUGACUUAAUUCUUUUUCUCAUACUCCACACUCUAUCAGCAAAUACUUAUUUCUUUUCAUUCAAUAUAUAUAUUCAAAUAUUUAUUUUCAUAUAUUUAUCUUUAUAAUCUCACACCACCUCCCUGGUCCAACGUGACCAUCAUUUCUCACCUGGAUUAUUGCAGUAGCCUCAGUCUCCCUACUUUUGACUUAACCCCUCAAUGUCUGUUUUCAAAAUGUCAUCCAGGCUGGUCUUUUCAAAACCUAAGUUGCAUCCCAUUACUCCUUAGCUCAGAACUCCCCCAUGGGUCCACUUUAUCUGCAAGGCCCUGUACCAUCUGCCCUUAUCUCUCAUGCUCCCCUCCUCCCUCCAUUCACUCUAGGACACUGGGCUUUUGCCUUUCCUUCAAUACACCAUGCAUGCUCCUGCCUCAGGGCCAUUGCUGUGCCUAGCAUUCUCUUCCUCCAGGUAUCUGCACUUCUCAUUUCCUGACCUCCUUCAGGUCUUUGUACAAAUGUUAUCUUCUCAGUAAGAUCUACCGUGACCUCCCUACUUAAAGCCGAAAACUUCUCCAGGUUCCAUCCUCCCUCCUCCAUGCUCUAUUUUUCUUCAUAGUACUUCAAGAGGUUGUGAGUCAGGGUGCAUUUAAUAUGAGCUGUAGUUUAAAGA